AUGCUUGUGUCUUUACCCGCACCAACAAGUGGCGUUGGACAACGCCGCACACUUUCGUCUCAGGCGCCCCGACUGCCUCCUCCACCCCCAAUGGUAUCUGCACUUGAUCCGGUCCCGACAACUCCCGUUGUUCCGCCACGAUUGAAUUCAGCUUCGAUCAACCCUCCUGGUGCUGUCGUGAGUCCUAUUGGCGGUCCGACCACGCCCACAAGACAUGUGCUCGGAAACAGCAAUGCACUGCUAAAUGGUCCGUCUGUGCCUGGAUAUGCGAACAGCACAUCAUCAAACUUGUCGUCACAGAAGCACUUUAAGCCUCCAAUUGCAACUGGAACUGCUUCACGUCCCGUUGUACCGCUACGUGUUCCUGAUACGAUUGAUCUAACCGGUGAAUCGGUAACGGUUAGUAAUGCUAUCUAUGGGCGCUCGACGGGAGUUGAUGUUGCAAAACAAUCGAACGGGGUUGUUUCGAUGCCACGUCCGACUGUUCCUCGCAUUCCUCCACCCUCUUCGGUGAAUCAUACUGGCUUACCUACGAUCCGUCCACCGCAAGCAGCACUUACCCAACCCCAAGUUUCUUCGAAGUCCUCGUCUGUGUUAUCUCGAACACCGUCGUCGUCGGAUCAAAUUGCCACCUCACAUCUUACCACAUCGCGACCAAAGCCCGGGCCUCUUAAUAACUCACGUCCAGCAUCAUCAUUUUGUGAUUCAAACUCGUUACCGGUUGCUCCUCUCCCGCCUGUUCCAUCAUCACCUCACUGCCCGGGACGCCAUCUGAUCCAACCGGCACCAUUGCUUACCAUCGCCGAGGCCGCUGAGGCAGGUCGCUGUCCGGAACGCACUCACGCUGAGGAACUAUCGGGCAUUAAUGUGGCUGUUUUUCGUAAUUCCUUCAAAUAUUUUGAAUUGAAUUUGAGAAAUUUAGUCUUGACGUACAUUUACUUGAAGUCUGUCAAAAGUGUUUAA